AUGAGGAAUUGUGCAGGCAAAUUUGAAGGAGCAAAAGGAGAAAGGAUUCAAGUAGUUGAUGAAGAGAAAGGGGAAGCUCUGGCUGCUCUUGAAGGCAUUAAAUGGGAAAUGGAACAAGGAAUAAAGAAUUUAGUUUUAGAAGACGAUAAUAAGAAUAUAGAAGCUCUUUCUCGUGAUUCUUCUGGUGCUGUUCAAUCCAACUUCUCUUUGAUUACUCCUACUUCUGGUGUCUUCCAGUUUGUUUAUUUGGAAAGUAUAGAUGAACGGAAGAGAGAGUAUCGUGGUGGGCACCGUGGGCAUUGUGUGAGAGAGAGGAGUUCAACACCAAAGAAGUUAGCUAAAGCAUCAGCAGAGCCAAAUGUUACUCCAAGACUUAUUUCUAAAGCUACGAAUAAUCUGAAUUCAAGUUCUAGAAAUGUUGUCCUAGAUUUUGGUGAUGAUCCUAAGCCAACACAGCCAACUCAAGCAAGUGGUGGUGAUAAUUUACAUGUGGGAGGCAGUCAAGGAAUUGUUGAUCUUCAAAAUGAUGUGGAACAAGCUCGUUUCUGGACAAAAGCUUCAAAAAAAGUCAUUAAUUUAGAGGAAGCUUUUAAGGCAAUGCAGGAGUCAGUUUGUAAUUUGGACAAUUGGGGAGAGGACGAAUGUCAUCCUGAAGAUGCACCAUGGACUCAACCACUUUUAUAUAGUGAGAGUGAAGAUGCUAAGGAGUGGUCUGAGUUCUGUAAUAACUUUAAGGAAGUUGGUCCUGGUGGUCCUUCUGUGCGAGGUGACCGAUAUGAAUUUGGUGACCAAGAAGGCAGUAGUGAAGACGAUGGAUACGAGCAGUUGUUGGAGACGGACGAUGAAGCUGAAGGUAAUGUCAAUGAACUUAGGUCCUGUAGCAAGUGCAAACAAACUGGUCACAACAAAACUACUUGUGGGGGUGGCGCAGUUGGUUUAAAUCUGAAGGCAAAGAGACUUAGAACUGAGGUAGAUGGUCAGACUUUCACAAGCAUUAACUAUAAUCACGGUCAAAGCCGCACUGGAAAACGUAAGAAUAAUGGCAACAACAACAUUAAUCUUGCUGAAUCUUCACAACCUGGAGGAUCACUAGUUGAUUAAUGGGGAAAGCGUUUAUCAUUAGUUUCAG